CGCUCCGUGGUUCCUGCGCUCCAGAUACGCUACCUGAUAAAAGUCUACUUCCGGGACAAGUGCUCCGUGGUUCCUGCGCUCCAGGUCCGCGACCUGGUGAAACUCUACUCCCAGAACAAGCGCUCCAUAGUUUCUGCGCUCAAGGUCCACUACCUGCAGUAACUCGACUUCCAGGACAAGCGCUCCGUAGUUCUGGCUGUCCAGGUCCUUGAAGUGGUGACUUUCGACCUUCAGGACUAAUUUUCUGUAGAUUUGGCUGUCGAGGUCCUCCACCUGGUGGAUCUCGACCUCCAGGACAAGCGCCCCGUGGUUUUGGCUGUCCAGCAUCCGAGGUGUAACCCGAGGUGGUGAGCGGUGGUCGUGGGAAGUGGUUGGCAGUGGUUGGAGGUGAUCGAGGUGGACGAGGAUUUGUGCUCGGUAUAACCCGAGGUGGUUGGCGGAGGUCCUUGGAGGUGGUUAGCGGUGGAUGGUGGCGGUCGAACUGGACGAGGAGGAGGACGACGAAGACGAGGAGAACACGGUGGACGAGGAGGACGAGGAUUUGUGCUCGUAUUUGACAACAGUGAUACCUUAUCACAUGGACAGUGGCCCACCUGAUAAUCAAGCUUUACAAGUCCUCAUUAUGAUAUUAAAGGCUAUUGAUGAGGAUAGUCCAACGGUGCCCACAUUAUUAACGGACUACAUAUUGAAAGUUCUGUGCCCCACCUAGUGAUCCACUAGUACAUAUCCUCCGACGUGACAUCGCUGUGCUACGUAUAAAGAAGAAAAGAUUUAUUAAGAUGCAGAUUGCUCCUCUCUUCUUGCCAUUGUGCUUUCAUAUAGCACCACAAUAAAUCUUAUAGAAAUGAGCUCUCAUUGAGAUUUCUCUGUAUUUAUAACUCGACGCGAGAAGGCAAAAAUCAAUGUAAUGCCAUCUGUAAGGUAAUUGGACUCGUAUUUGCACUACGAGAA